CUUCAUUUUUACGUUUCGAGGAAAGCACAGCUCCAAAGAAAAAUAUAAAAAAUUCGUUUUGUACAAUUGGAAAUUUUUGUAACCCUUUUUUUUUUGUACGGUAGAUGGUAGAUUGGUAAAAUUUUGAGUUUGUAUAAUGGAUACAAAUACAAAUACAAAUGCCGGCGACGACGACAUUAGUAAUGAGAAAACAGCAACAGUACUCGAAACCAAGGACAUAGAUAUGCCCGCUCUAGACCCAGCAAAUUGGGACGCAGUGCAGCAGGAGAUCAAUGUGAAGGUGGCGGAGGCCAUGCAGGGCUUCUACAGCGUUCACUCCAAGGCGCUGCAGAAGAUGGAGCGGCUGAUACGCCAGAGACUGGUGCCCGAAUUGACGAGCACUUCGAGUAGCGACCUCAAGGAGAUUGCCGACCUAUUGCGCCGACUGGUGGACCGUGUGGAGAGCGUGGAACCCGUCAUUAAGAUCAAGCUGGAUGAAGGCACCUUGCCGCAGCCGCAGCCGCUUGGCCAGUCGCAGCUGCUGCAUCAACUGAAGAAUGGCUUGUCGGUGGUGUCGCGCAGCUUGGAAGAUUCCGGAGCAUCUGGUAGUCAGGAAGCGGAAGCGGCGGCGGCAACUGUGACCACCAUUCUCAUCUACCGCAAUCCUCGCUGCAACGGCCAGUCGAACAGCGAAAGGGACUUGCUGGCGGUGGCGGCUCGGGAGCAGCACAAGCGACCCAAGUCGGAGCCCAGCAGCAGUAGCGCGAAGAGGUCGGAUAGCUACGUGGUCAGGGAACGGGAGCGGGCCCAGUGCCAACUCAAUCUGGUGCUGCUGAAGAAGUCGCUGUUCUCCAUUCACCUCAAUCGCCACAAGCGCUACUGGCCGCCUGUCCAUCAUGCGCGCAGGCAUGCGAAAGCCCCAGUCCAUCGCCCAGUGGACACGACUCCUUUUGACGGCUGACCCACUGGAUGGUGCACAUUUCCCAUCCGGUAGAGCGAUUCUUCCAGUCGUUUGGAGCUGGAUCCCUGGAGUAGAUGUGAAAUAAAUGAAUUGGCUUGCCUGCAGAA